AUGAUAGACUCCAAAGUGCCCGCAUUUCUCAAUGUUGUGGACAUCGCGGGACUCGUUAAGGGCGCGAGUGAAGGCCAGGGACUCGGAAAUGCCUUCUUAUCACACAUCAAGGCUUGCGAUGCGAUCUUUCAUCUCUGCAGGGCCUUUGAAGACGACAACGUGAUUCACGUGGAGGGAGACGUGAAUCCUGUCAGAGAUAUUGAGAUUAUAAACGAAGAGCUCAGACUUAAAGACGAGGAACAGCUGACGGCUGUCGUCGACAAACUCGCAAAGACUGUUCUCAGAGGCGAAAAGAAAGAAAAGGCCGAAUACGACAUUUUAAUGAAAAUCAAGCAAUUAUUAGUGGACGAGAAGAAACACAUCAGGUUUGGGGAUUGGAAUUUGGCUGAGAUUGAAAUCUUAAACAAACACUUGUUUUUGACAUCAAAGCCAAUGAUUUAUUUGAUAAACCUAUCAGAAAAGGAUUACAUCCGCAAAAAGAACAAGUGGCUCAUCAAAAUGAAGGAAUGGAUUGAUGCCAACGAUGCGGGCGCUGCUGUCAUACCGUUCAGUGGGAUUCUUGAGAACAAAUUGAUUCCUAUGAGCGCUGAAGACAGACAACGAUUUCUAGAAGAAAACAAGACUCAAAGUUGUUUGGAUAGAAUCAUAACAACGGGUUAUAAAGCUCUUCAGCUUCAGUACUUCUUCACGAGUGGCAAAGACGAGGUGAAGGCAUGGACUAUACAAAAAGGGACUAAAGCUCCACAAGCGGCCGGUCGUAUACACACCGACUUCGAGAAGGGCUUCAUUAUGGCUGAAGUCAUGAAAUUCGAUGACUUCAAAGAGGAGGGCUCUGAGAACGCCUGCAAAAGCGCCGGUAAAUACAGACAACAGGGAAGGAACUAUACGGUCGAUGACGGAGACAUUAUUCUCUUUAAAUUCAAUGCCGGCGCCGGACUCACCAAAGAGACCAAAAAGAAAUAAACGUUUUUUAAUUUAAUUUGAAUUAUUUGUAUGCAUUAUCGCAUCCAUUGAACUGUUUUUGAAUAAAAAGGUUAAACCAAUAAA